GUACGACACUCGCAGCAUACUUGUUUACAUCGAGGGGCCUCAGCCUGCCCGUGCCUGCCCCCUUGUUGACCCCCUGUUACCCCUGACCCCGCCCCUGGAGGUCUGAGAAGGAAGGAAGGAAGGAAGGAAGGAAGGAAAAGAAGGAAGGAAGAUGAAAUAGGGAAGGAAAAGAGGAAGGAAAGAAGAUAGAGAGAACGGAAGAAAAGAAGAAGAGAGGAGGAAGAGGAGAAGGAGGAAGAAGGAGAAAAAAAAUCAGAAUGGACUCUUCUUCCUCUGAACCAGAAGGAGGAGGAGGAGGAGGAGACACAGGCGGAGAAGGAGGAGGAGGAGGAGGAGGAGGAGGAACACCCACAACCACCACCACACCCACCCUAUCACCACUCAACCUAUCAUCAUCAACCACAUCAACCACAAUGGAGACCGGAUCUACCACCCCACCAUCACCACCGGCAGCCUCGGAGCUCCACUAUCUUCUACGGGAGAGCGGAUUAUACCCUUCGGUUGACGGGCAGACGACGACGGGUGGAAACGCAGAUCCACGUCCGCUCCACCCAACCGGAAGUGCCAUCAACACCUCGACACCGGGGCCGCAUGUACGCACGAACCCACGGACGUCAUCCAACAACCAUCGUCAUCCGCAGCCAAAUAGUGGGUUGCCAGGUGCCCCCGUCCUCAGUGCAGGUGUGAUGUACUACCCAUCGUCACCACACACGGUUAAUCUUGCAUCCGCGGCGUCGUUUCAUCAUUAUUUUGUCAAUGAGCCGAGAUUGAGGUCAUCGGCGUCGUUUGAACUCAGCCCAUCGGCGUUACGAGCUCCCGGAUCGACCGCUCUAUCGUUCUCAAGCCAGGGUCACUUCAGGGCCCCCUCGUCGUUUGGGAACUAUCGUCAUCCAAGUGCAAGUUCUGGUUCGCAUCAACAUGGGACGUCUAACUCCUCCUCCUCCUCCUCCUCUUCCUCCCAUCAUCAUCAUCACCCUUCUUCUGUUCCUGGGGCUUCAAAUUCUAACUCCACCUCCUCCUCCUCCUCUUCAAACCCUCCUCCUUCUUCCUCCUCUUCCACAAAUUUUACUACUACUACUACCACUACUACUACUACUACUACUACUACUACUGCUAUUGCAACUGGUAUUGCCUUCCCUAUCUCCUCCUCCUCCUCCUCCUCCUCCUUCUCAGCCUCCGCCACCACAGACAUGACCAGUCCAAAUUACCGAUACGACCCGCUGGCUUCUCCGGACUGGGACUCGGCUGGACCGCCUGGACCCCUAUGUGCGCGCCGGGUCAAGAAGGACCUCAGCAGCAUCUUCACGGAACCUCUGCCCGGCAUCUUCGCUGUUCCACAAGAAGACAACCUGUUUCAAAUCCACGCCCUCAUCGUCGGUCCCUUCGACACUCCGUACGAGGGCGGACUCUUCCACUUCGUCGUCCGAUUUGGUCCCCACUACCCCCUCCACCCCCCCCGCGUCCGGUUCCUGACGACGGGCGGGGGGAAUGUUCGCUUCAACCCGAAUUUGUACAAGAAUGGAAAAGUGUGUCUGAGUAUCUUGGGGACGUGGCCGGGCCCUGCGUGGAGUCCUGCAUCCAAUCUGUCAAGUGUCCUGCUCUCCCUGCAGUCCAUCCUCAACGACAAGCCUUACUUCAACGAGCCGGGCUUUGAUGAGCCCCUCGGAGGUUGUGAACAUUCCGGAAACAUGUCUCCGGCCCAGCGAAAGUCCAUGGAAAGAGUCCACUACUUGUGUGACGCGUGUGAGCUGAAGCAACAACUUCCUUCCCGGGAACGCAACCCGGGUGACAGCCGUCGAUACAACACGAUCAUCACCCACGAAAUGAUCCGGGUGUCGGUGGUCCAGCAGCUCAACUCCGUCAAUUCCACCUCCACCUCAUCCACCACCUCCACCAGCAACUCCAUCGCCAUCGCCUCUCCGCCCUAUGCCGCCACGCCCCCGCCCCCGCUGGUUCCCCCCGAGCUCAUAAGGGUGAUGGAGGCGUCCUUCUUGGAGUAUUACGAUCACUAUGUCGAGGUGUGUACGCAGAACCAGCACCUCGACAGGCAGCCCAUGGAGGACCCCUUUGGUGAGAUCCGAGGUCACUUCUGCUACGGGCAACUCCUCCGAGCGCUCCACAGACUCAAGGCCAAGCUGACCCCUGCCCUCCUGCCGUCCCCUACCCCCCCUACUGAGGCUAACACAGACACACUCACCUUGACCAGCUCUGAGGAGGAGGAGGAGGAGGAGGAGGAGAAGGGGGAGAGUGAGGGAGACAAGGAAAGGAAGAAAGGAGGAAGAUUUUAAUAAGAAAGAAGAGAGAGAGAGAGAGAGAGAGAGAGAGAGAGAGAGAGAGAGAGAGGAGGAAGAUAAUGAAGGAAAGGAGAGAAAGAAAGGAAGGAAGAAAGGAAGAGAGAGAGAGAGAGAGAGAGAGAGAGAGAGAGAGAGAGAGAGAGAGAGAGAGAGAGAGAGAGAGAGAGAGAGAGAGAGAGAGAGAGAGAGAGAGAGAGAGAGAGAGAGAGAGAAGUUGGAUAUAUGCAUGUUACUGUAAUUUCCUCUCUCUCUCUCUCUCUCUCUGGCUAUUUCUUUAUUUUUUUUGUUUAAUAUUUUUCUUGAAUGUGAAAAAAAUAUGAUUAAUUUUGUAUAUUGUGAAAGAAGGAAGGAAGGAAGGAGGGAAGGGAG